AUGGCCGGAGCAGUCAGAAGGCUGCUCGGUAGGAGAGACAGACAAGACAGCGCUCUCGCUUUUGCGCUUUCCUUGUUUGGCUUUCAUCCUGCCGGCCGCGCGUACGUGCGUCCCGCUCCGCUCCACUCCGCACCACGCUCCAGCACGGCUCAAGGAGGGACGACCUAGGAAGGGAGGGCGGAAGAGUUGACGCAUCGGAGCGAGUGGGCACAACGAGGCUUCACUUUCCCAGAUAUAAUGCAACCUGCCAGACGCCGCCGCUCCGCCACCGACUCGCGCCACUGACACCGAGAGAGACGCAGUGGAGGCAGGGACGAGAGCCGGGGAUGGAUGUGAAGUAGCGGCUCGGCUCGGCACGGCACCGCUCGGGAGGAAAGGAGCGAUUGUAAGGACCAUAUUUCUGCGCCAAGAAAGUGGAGACGCUGUUUUAUAUUUUUCUGCUUUUGGCCCGAAGCGUCACCCCACAGUGAUGUCUGUGCGCACAGUUUGGUUUGCUGUCAACAAUACGGAAUAAUCUGUGAUUUCCUCAAAGACAUAAAUAAACCUGCUGCACACAACAGAUCUGCGAAGGACAGAGGUGCAAAUCGGGUUCCACCGGAUUGUGAUUGGAUGUGAAACUAUUUUGACCCUUCAAAAUUGAAGAUGAUGUUGCUAUGGAAACUGCUGCUGCUGCAGUCACUUAUGGGGUGCCUGGCAGAGAGCAGCGCCCUGCAGAGCCCCGUCUUCACCAAGCAGCCAGGCAGCAUCGUGUAUCCUGUGCAGACGGUGGAGAACAACAGGGAGGUGGUGUUCAGCUGUGAAGCCCAGGGAAGCCCACCUCUCGUGUACCGGUGGAAACUGAAUGCAACAGAAAUCAUUCCCAAAGCUGGAUCUCACUACAGCCUUUCUGGAGGCAACCUCCGAAUCAGCCGUCUGAACAAAGACCAAGAUGCUGGAACGUAUCAGUGCCUCGCCUCCAACUCUUUUGGGACCAUCGUCAGCCGAGAGGCCAGCCUAACCUUUGCUUACUUGGAAAACUUCAAGACUCAGAGAAGAAGUUCUGUUUCUGUCCGCGAGGGUCAAGGAGUGGUUCUGCUGUGUGGACCUCCUCCGCACUCUGGAGAUCUGAUAUUUUCGUGGAUCUUCAACGAGUACCCGACAUACGUGAAGCAGGACAGUCGCCGCUUCAUCUCACAGGAGACGGGGAAUCUGUACAUCGCCAAAGUGGAGCCUUCAGAUGUGGGCAACUACACCUGUGUGGUGACAAAUACCGUCACAAAGACCCGGGUCCAGGGCCCGCCCACUCCACUUGUGCUCCGCAGCGAUGGUGUUAUGGGUGAAUAUGAGCCGAAGAUUGAAGUUCAGUUUCCAGAGGUUGUUCAUGUUGCCAAAGGAUCCACUGUAAAGCUGGAAUGCUUUGCUCUGGGAAACCCCGCACCCUCUAUCAGCUGGAGGAGAGUGGACAAUGUACCCUUCCCCAGGAAAGUCGACACAAGAAAGGCUAGCGGCAUCCUGGAAAUCCCGUAUUUCCAGCAGGAGGACGCCGGCACGUACGAGUGUGUUGCCGAAAACUCCAGAGGAAAGAACAUGGUGAAGGGAAAACUCUCUUUCUAUGCUCCACCUCAUCUCAUUGAAAAGCCCCAGGAUGUCCAGAAGCUCAUCGAUGACUCUCUGGUGUGGGAGUGCAAAGCCACGGGGAAGCCGAAACCCUCCUACAGAUGGAUGAAAAAUGGAGAAAACAUGGAGUCUACAGAGGAGCGCAUACAGGUUGCCAACGAGGUUUUGUCAAUCAGUCGCCUGACCCUCUCCGACACAGGAAUGUACCAAUGUGUUGCUGGGAAUAAGCACGGAGAGGUCUACUCUAAUGCAGAGCUCCGAGUAAUUGCUGUUGCGCCAGAUUUCUCUCACAAUCAGGUGAGAGGCCAGACGCUGGUGAAGGUCGGAGGAGAUGUCCUGAUCGAGUGCAAGCCCAAGAUGUCUCCAUGGGGUGUGAUCUCCUGGCGUAAAGGCAGCGAACCCCUCCUGGAGACUAGCAGGGUUUCCAUCCUGGAGAGCGGCAGCCUCCGAAUAUGGAACGUCACCAAAGCCGACGCGGGCCUCUACACAUGUUUGGCCAGGAACCAGUUUGGAGUAGCAAGCAGCACAGGAAGCGUCACGGUUAAAGAGCCGACCAUCAUCACCACCCAGCCCGCUACGCUAGACGUCACCGUUGGGGAGAGCGUGGUCCUACCCUGCCAAGUGAGCCACGAUCCAUCUCUGGAGCUCAAGUUCACCUGGUUCUUCAAUGAGCAGCUCAUCCACUUCGGGAACCAUGGUGGAUUCUUUGAAAAAGUAGGAGGGCAGCAUUCUGCAGGAGACAUUAUGAUUCGAAACAUCCAGCUGAGGCAUGCGGGGAAGUACACAUGUGCCGUCCAAACCAAGGUGGACAGCAUUUCCAUCGCUGCAGACCUGGUUGUCCGAGGUCCCCCAGGGCCCCCCACCAGCAUCCAUGUAGAAGAAAUUACUGAUACCACCGCCUCUCUGUCCUGGAGGCCUGGUUCUGAUAAUCACAGUCCAAUUAUGGCCCACACCAUCCAGGCCAGGACACCGUUCUCCCUGGGGUGGCAGGCUGUCACCACAGUUCCUGAGGUGGUCGGAGGCCAACAGCUGACAGCUACAGUGAUAGACCUGAACCCUUGGGUGGAGUACGAGUUUCGAGUUCUAGCCAGCAACAGAGUCGGGACCGGCGAGCCCAGCGAGCCAUCCAAACAGGCCCGGACCAAGAGCACCUCUCCGAAGGUCACUCCUGCUAACGUGAGCGGAGGUGGAGGCAGUCGCUCCGAAUUAGUCAUCACAUGGGAGCCUGUUCCUGAGGAGUUACAGAACGGACCAGGGUUCGGCUACGUGGUGGCCUUCCGACCCCACGGCACCACCGGCUGGAUGCAGGCAGCCGUCCCGUCCCCUGAAGCAUCCAAAUACGUCUUUAAAAACGAGAGCAUCCAGCCAUUCUCGCCUUUCCACGUGAAGGUCGGAGUUUACAACAACGAGGGGGAGGGACCAUUUGGACCUGUCACCACCAUCUACUCUGCUGAGGAAGAGCCGAGCCGAGCGCCCACCAGGGUCCGAGCCAAGAGCCUCUCAGCGUCUGAGGCUGAGGUUUGGUGGAAAGCUCUGCCCUGGAACGCCAGCAGGAGGAGAGUUCUAGGCUACGAGUUGAGGUACUGGAGUAGAAGUGAAAGAGAGGACAUGGCCAGCGUGCAGAGGACCGUUGGAAAUCAAACGUCUACGGUUAUCCGUGGGAUGAGAGGCAGCACCACAUAUUACGUCUCAGUGAGGGCGUAUAACACCGCUGGAACCGGGCCGCCCAGCGCCACCGUAAAUGUGACCACCAAGAAACCACCUCCCAGCCAGCCGCCCAUUAAAGUCAUGUGGAAUGCGUCAAACUCCAAGAUUAUUCUGAACUGGGAGCGGGUCAAGGCCCUGGAGAAUGAGUCCGAAGUCACUGGUUACAAAGUGCUCUAUAAGAAGAAUCGGCACAGCCGGCCCAGUGUCAUGGAAACCAACACCACCUCUGUGGAGCUCGCUCUGCCCGUUGACGAGGAUUACAUCAUACAGAUAAAACCUUUUGGAGAGGGAGGGGAUGGCAGCAGCAGCAGGCAGAUCACCAUCCCAAAGAUACCAGGCCCCAACGCAGUGGGAUCAGCUUCCAAGGUCUCCACUCUGUCGGCCCUCAGCACAAUAGCGCUGUCUUUCACAGCACGGACAUCUUUAUGACAAACGGCUCCCGGCAGACGUUGCAUCUGAUGUGGCAGGAGAGGUCCCGGUUGGAAAGCAAACACGGCCCACUCUGGUGUAACUAGAUCCAUAUUUAGAGUUUAGUGGCAGAGCAGGACGACGCCAGCAGUUAAAAAGGAAAAGCACGUCACUGAGAGGUGGUGUUUCAGCACCCAGGCCAGCUGAAGGAGACAGACUGAUGUCGUGACUAUGUUGUUACCAAAGCAGCUUUCAUAAGAGAAAAUAAAGAAAACGUCUUAUAUGCAUCUUUUUGUAUGACAUGUUGAGCUUUUCUAGAUUUUGUUUGACUGUUGGGUUUGGAGAUGGCCUGGGCUAGUUGGGUGAGAACAUUUAAAUGCAUGGAAGGUACCAUUGUUCAGUUUAGCAGUCUAAAGGUAAAGAAUUUGGUUUGACAGCAGUUUGGUUCAACAGGGCUUUAUUUUCUUCGGUAUGUAGAUAAACUGCUUGCUGGUAAGACUGCAGUAAAGUUGCUCUUUUUGAGCCUAUGCAGAGAGGAGUAGGAGUAGCAUGAUAUGCUAAUGCUUCAGCUAAAUGGGAUUCUUUACUAUGACUUAACUGGAAAUUAAGAUGAUUUAAACCGUCAAAACUCAGAUUUUCUGUCUAAAUUUCACCAGUUUGCAGAAAGUGCUAAGUAAAAUCGGCCGAAAUAACAAGUUUAUAUUUUACAUACUAACAGAACUAUGGUCCUGCCGCACUUCAGACACUAAACCCCUCUUGCUGUGCAAAAAUUCCUUAGGUCCGCUACACGUACCACAAGGGAUGCUUAAAUCGGCUAACGGUUUAGAUAAAAGGCUCCAUGAGUCACAUCAGGUGACUGUCACGUCUAAAACUCUUUCAGUGCAUUGGUCAAAGUACGCUUGGAUUCCUCAGCAAUGAAAAAUUCCCACUUUACUCCUAAAGGAAACAAGAAUGUAAAUGUAAAAACCCAAUCUUCCUGUUCAGGAGUUGCACAUGGAGGACAGAAUGGCUGGUUGGACUCCACUGCAAAGAGAGAGUUUCUUAUAAAUUAGAUACACAUUAUGGGCUCGACACACGGGAGGCGACAUCGCCUCUCCUCCAUUCAUUUUCAAUGAGACAUGCGCGACAAAGCGAUAAUCGCGGGUCUCCCUCCUAUCAAGCGAAACGCGAAAAACGUGCGUGUGAAAGUUUGCACUCGUGCACGUGUCGUGCACAGGCGACCCAGCGACACGAUCCCAGAAAGUUGAAACAUUUUCAACUUUUCAUUGCUGUCGCUCGGGCGAGGACCAAUCAACGGAGGUUUCAUUCACUGACCAAUGAGCGGACAGGAUGCUCCGUACAUCUUCGAGCAAACAUGAAGGAGGAGUUGAUUAUUAUUAUGUUUUAAAUAGUAAAAUCAGAAGUAAGAUUUCACAUAACUCUAACAGCACCUUGUGAAACAUCAUAUCUACCGCUUUAUUAACUCUGAACCGCUUAAAUAACCUUAAUUCCCUCCAACCUGACACAGCCAAACAAAACAACGGAAGUUUCGAUUUCGCCAUGGAACAGAACACGUAGACGGCUUUGCCGCUGGCCGCUGCCGCAGAUCGCCUCCCGUGUGACAGGUAAUAAAAGCGACAGCGACAAAUUUCGCUGAUCGCGGUCGUUUGUCGCCUCCCGUGUGUCGAGCCCAUUAUGCAGCCAUAUCCAGUGUGCGGAGAAUAACACAUGACUGCAUACCAAAAAUUAAUCGUUAUUUCCACUGCGUUUAAGAAGAUUUGAGAGCACCCAUGAACAUCUUCUAAGCACCAGGACCAGGUUAGGUGCACCACCAGGGCUGAGAUUUUGCUCAGGAGUGGACGCUGGCAGGUGUGAGGAGGAUAUCAAGAAGGGCAGCCAAUAAGCCACUUUUUUCAAGACAACCAUCAGUGAUAGGUAGAUGUUUUACUAAUAGGCCUUUUCCACUGACCAAACUGGCAUGGAAUGGGAAGGAUCGGGUCGCUAAAGGUCCAGGAGUGGACUGCUGAGGGUUGGAGAAAAGUAAUCGUCUCUGUUUAGUCCACUUGCUUAUUGGUUUCGCCUCAGAACAGCCAUGAAUAAAGAAUGUUACCCAAGCAUCCUCCUAGAGGAACUCCUCCUAACGUUGACGAUGACAAAGAACAGCAUCUGCUCUUGGAUCUUGGAGAAGAAGGAUUAAAGUCACAACCAUGUGGAUCUGGAACAAAACAUCAACAUGUUGGGUCCGGGUCCAGGAAAUUGCUUAGACCUUAAUCCCACAAAGAGCCUGUGGUCCAUCCUCAAAAGGCAGGAACGUCCAAAGGUGUGAAUGUGAUGUCAUGACCACAGCAACCCAAAGAGGCUGGAGCAAUCAUUUCAGUGAGCAAUGGCUCUUUUAGUAUGGAUCUUAUGCAAAAAAAUAAAUAAAAAUGCCCGAAAGAAGCAGAAAAUGAAUUCAAAAAUACUUUCAAAACACAGAAUGUCCAAAAACAAAAGCUUUAAAAGGUCUUGUGUUGUUUAUUUUAUUUUAUUUUAUUUUAUUUUAUUUUCAGUUGAAAGAAUUCCAUUCAUAGCAUCUUUUUCUGUAAAAUUUCGAUACCUUUGUGAAUAGCUCUGUUCAGAAGUGAGAAUACAGCAGGAAUCUCACCAGAAAAUACGGUGGUGUAAACUGAUCGCAAUGUUAUGAUUUAUAAAUGAACACUGCUUUAACUUUGUGCAAUUUAGGAGCUUGGAGAUGUUUUAAAAUGACAGCAAACCACUUAGUCUUGGCUGUGCUCAGACUAGCUGUUAGCUCCUCAUGUUGGACAACACCUAUAGUUCUCCAGCCAGAGGCUGUUUGAAAUGAUAAAUAACUUGAGUUCACAGUCAAUUGCAACUUUUACUCUGAAACCCAAUUUAAAGUGGCUUAAACAUCUCUGCUGGGCUUCUGCAUGACGUGUUGUCAUGCGAGUGUCUCAGGCUGGACGCUAAAAGCAUUAGCAUGUCAUGGUGAUAGUCCUCUCUGAAAUAAGGCAAAGACAGGAAAUUCAGUGCUGAAAGCAAGCAGGACUAAGCUGUUGUGGAGAGUCUGCUUCUCCUGGACUUUGGCCCCCGCGGGCUGCUCUGAUGGCCGGACCCAUGCUGCUGUCUCAUGCCCCUCUUUCUUUAGUCAGCCCAGUGUCUAGAGCUGUUCUUUGCCUUCUGUGUGCCUCAUCAUAUGUUUAAAAUCCUCAGGUCCUUAAAGAGCCUUAACUUAUCAUAGGUAUAUCAGAACCAUUUGAAACAUAGAAGCAGCAGCGGUGAUGUCUCUGCGUUGCUGCUCUGGCAGAAACUACAUGUGGUUGUGUGUGUGUGUGUGUGGGUGUGGGGGGGCAUUCUUUACUACUACUCCUGUUCUGGGAUUUACACACAAGAUGCUGGCAAUAUAAGAGGCCUGAUGCGUUUUUCUAGUUGUAUGUUGUCAAUGAAAGACGAUGCUGCUGAUCUUUUCCUUUCCCAUAGUCUCCUGACGCCAUGUGGGACUGCUGCGCCACUCGGACUACAGCACAGUCUGUAUGUAGCUUGUAAUCCAUUUAAGUAGUUUUAGUACUUUGAAGGGAAGUGUGCUGCAGGCUACUGGGUUUUGCUCUAAGUCACGCAUCAAGAAACGUGUAAUAUACUGUUUUGUAUACUUCAAAUCAUUUAUAUGAAAAGAACCUUUCUAAAGAGAUGAUUUACUUGGUUUUUAUGUAACGACUCUGUUUCAUACUGUAGUCUAUUGUUGCUCAGCAUGACUGUGCUUUGUUGUCUCUCUUCUGUCAACCUGCAAGUGGACUGAAUGGCUUUAGGAACAUGCAAGAUCCAUGCAUCCGAUAGGUUUGUGUAUGCUGUCCGUGUACCAUGAAAUCUGACCCAUUGACCCCGUGUCUAAGCUUCUGUCUCAGUCAGCCCUUUAGAGAUGUACUGGUUCUGCUGUCUGUUAUGCUCCACAGCAGGUUCCCUCUGUUGCUGUUUGUUGUUUAUACUGUGUGAAUAAAGAUAAUUGAUUUAUAGAACAAGAAAACAUUGUUGUUUAAUUGAUCCACACCAGCCAACCUAACUCAUCA